CUUCUUUUUCUUUCUCCACUUUUUUCUUUCUUUCUCCUCUCCUCACCCUUUCCCUCGAACGAAAGCGCGUGCCAUAGAAAAUACAACUACGCCAUGGCAACCAAAGAAGCACCCGCCUUGUCGGAACACUACCGCCAACUCUUUUACAAACAUGCCUCGGUCGAAAAGGACAACGAACGUUACAUGACACAGGACGACUUUCUCGCCGCCAUUGCACCGGGCGAAGACUUUAAAAAGAUCCAGAGGGAGCAGUAUGGCUUGCUGUACAAGGUUGCAGACAAGUCCAACAAGGGCCUGGUCUCGUUCCAGGAUUUCGUCAUCUUUGAGAAUCUCCUGUCCAAGCCCGAUGCCGAGUACGAGAUUGCGUUCCGACUGUUUGACGUGGAUGGCACGGGCAAGAUUACGUUUGAUCAGUUCAAGGACGGGCUUUCGAGCAACAUGCCCAAGGAUGCGGUGGCGUUCGAUUUCGACUGCGACUGGCUCAAGUUGUAUAUUGGAAAAAAGGAGGGGCAUCAUGAACUGAGCUACGAGGAGUUUUCCCAGUUGCUCAAGGGCUUGCAGGGAGAACGGCUGCGUCAAGAGUUCAAGCACUACGACACGCAGCAGUCCGGAUACAUUGAGCCAGAGCAGUUCCAGCGCAUCAUUCUGGACAUCGCCAAGCACAAGCUGUCGGACCAUGUCAUUGACCAUCUCCCCACACUCUGCAACCUGUAUGCGGGAAGCGGCAACAAGAUUACCUUUUCCAACGUCGUGGCGUUCCACAACGUCAUCCGCAACAUUGAUAUGGUUGAGGCCGUCAUCAAGCGCGCUAUCGACGAAAGCCCCACCAAGAAAAUCACAAAGGCUGACUUUUUGAACCAUGCCGCCCAGGCUUCGCGCUACACCGUCUUCACCCCCAUGGAGGCUGACGUGAUUUUCCAUUUUGCGGGUGUGGAUGGUGCCUCAGGCACAUUGGGUCUUGAAGAUUUCGGGAAAAUCUUGGAUCCCCGCUGGACGCAUCCGGAACCCGAGCCUGCUGUUCCGGUCGCUGUCGCUGGUGCCUCCUCUAAAAAGAAGUCGAGUCUCAUGUUUGAAAUCAUGGAGAACGCCUAUGCGUUCGUCUUGGGCUCAAUUGCCGGUGCUGUCGGUGCCACUGCUGUCUACCCCAUCGAUCUUGUCAAGACCCGCAUGCAGAACCAGCGGUCCAAGGUCGUCGGUGAGUUGCUCUACAAGAACAGCUUCGAUUGUUUCAAAAAAGUCAUCAAGAACGAAGGCUUUGCCGGCUUGUAUCGUGGUUUGGGUCCGCAGCUUGUGGGUGUCGCUCCCGAAAAAGCCAUCAAGCUCACGGUCAAUGACUUUGUGCGCAACAAACUGACGAACAAGGAAACGGGUGAAAUCAAGUUCUAUCACGAAAUGAUUGCUGGUGGUGCUGCUGGUGGUUCUCAAGUGGUCUUUACCAAUCCACUUGAAAUCGUCAAGAUCCGUCUCCAGAUACAAGGCGAACAAGCCAAGAACAGCGGUGUCCCUCGCCGCUCUGCCAUCUGGAUCGUCAAGCACCUGGGCAUUGUGGGUCUGUACAAGGGCGCCAGUGCAUGUUUGCUUCGUGACGUCCCCUUUUCCGCCAUCUAUUUCCCUGCCUAUGCUCACCUGAAGCGCGACAUGUUCCACGAGGGCCCCAACCACAAACUGACCAUUUCCGAACUACUGAUGGCCGGUGCUAUCGCCGGUAUGCCUGCCGCCUACUUCACCACACCCGCCGAUGUCAUCAAGACGCGUUUGCAGGUCGAAGCACGGUCGGGUCAGACAACGUACACGGGUAUUGCGGAUGCUGCUAGCAAAAUCUUCAAGGAAGAAGGCUUCAAGGCUUUCUUCAAGGGUGGCCCAGCCAGAAUCUUCCGAUCAUCACCCCAGUUUGGUGUCACAUUGACUGUAUAUGAAAUCUUGCAUCAGGCAUUCCCUCUACCCGGUAGCCAUGCCUCCACUACAACCACCACAGCUAGCAGCAGCAGCAGCAGCGGACCGGUGCCCGACCAGGAGAAGGGCUUUGGACCUCUUCGAUCAAGAAACGCACUCAAGAUGCUCUUAGACCUCGACUAUAGAUUUGGUGUGUACAAGGCUCCUCAACAGCAACAGCAACAACAACAACAACAACAACCUGCAAGCAAGGCGUAGAUUACAAUAUAUAUUAGAUAUACCUGUUCAUUCUUUUUUCUCUAUUCUCUUUAACACUUUCAUCCUCUCUUUUCUCCUCAUUUUGGGUCUCGUUUCUCUUCUCCUUCUUCCUUUGCUAUGUUGUAACUAUUUCCU